CUUUUGUUGAAAAGCUCUUUUGUUCCCGCCCACCCGCUCCUGCGCCGCCUAAAAGGCGCGUCUCUGAGAGGCUCGUUAGUCUUGUUCUUCUGAGCUUGACUACCCUCCUUUGACGUGCCUCGGGCUGGUUUCUUCUCUUCUUCGAGUCUCUCAGAGCUCGCCUUUUAGGCGGCGUUAGUUAGUUUAUUCACAAGAGGAUGAGAAAUCUUCUUCAGAAAUCUUCUUUAGUAAUUGUUAGUCUCAGAGAGCUAUUUUCUGGCUUGAAGUGUGUUCCGGAUUUAUCUCGAGUUCAGUUCUUUUUGUGUGUGAAAUGAAGUGCAAACUGGACGAAUCACAAAUUGGCCAUGUCUAGUUGUCAGUCUGUCGGUGUUUGUUUCUCUACUUGUCUCGGAAUCGGUUAAAUUUUCUUUGAGGUGUUUGUUUGCUCGGUAUAGCAUUUAAGCAAUUUCAGUUCGGGAUAUUAAUUGUUAUGCGCAAAGUGGUCGCCCCUUUCAAGUUAAGAACAGAAAGCUGUUGUCCUUUAAAGAUUUUCCCACCCAUCCCUUUCCCCUUCUUCCUUUUCCUCCUUUGGUGACACCAUGAGCGUGUCUAGUAGUGAAGGUUUUGCUACUAGGUAUGUUGAUAGGAUUUUGCAAGAUGUAGAAGACACAAACGGUAGAAGAGUGGAUCAAAUUAUUGAUGACGAGAAUUUAGAGAUUAUUUUAGAUGGUUGCCCUACUAUCCAGUCGUUGGAAGCUGGCGAUUCGGUUAUUGAAGAACUACUGUCUUCGUCCUUUUGUCCGCCUGCGUCGUUGUUAGAUGAAAGAUUCAUUGACGUUAGCGAACAUAGAGUUAUUGGCUGGAAGAACGUCGUCCUUUUGAAGUUACUUAACAAGAAGUUUUAUCCAGAAGACGACUCCGCUUGGUUGCUGGCUUUAAACGGUGGCACUUGCGACGGGAAGCUUCGUUGUCCCAGUUUCUGGGCCAACAGGCGACCCAAAAACGACGACGAUAUCAUUGAUCAUCUUCAUAGGAAGUGUUCCGUGAAGUCGAAAGUUUUCCUUCGUCCACCAAAGAAUCUAGAUUGUGAAGUUCAAGAAUUAAUUUGGUCAACCACUCUUGCCGAGCGAGAUGAGGGAUUGCUCGCAGGGCCGUUUGACCUUGAUGAGCUUCCUGAUUCUGUUCAGCAUGUUGUUCCAAGGUUCGCCAUUUGGCAAAAGACGCGCUAUAGGAUGAUUGAUGAUGCGCGCAUAUUUAAUUGUUCAGCCAAACUCGACAAGAGGGUCCCGCUGCCAUCGCCUUUGCAGGCGUUGGCAGCGGCCACAGUUACUGCCAGGCUUCAGUCGUGUCCAGGCUUAGACAAGAAGAUUGCGUCUUGCUUUUCCUUCCAAUCAAGAAAGAGGAAGUCGCCCGUUUCUGUUCCUGCUGAUGCUUUUGAAGCUCUCGCCAAGUUGUUAGUGGAGUCAAGCGACGAGUUAGAAAAUUGCUUUUCUUUAGAUGACUCGAUUGAAGGAAUUGUCAUUGAUGUCAAAGGCGCUUAUAAGACGCUUGGUAUUCUAAAAGGGCACGAAUAUGCAAAUUUUCUGGUUGUUUUUGAUCCCUCUAGAAGGAAGUACGUCGCUUUUGAAGGUAAGACUUUGCUUUUCGGCAACACGCACUCCGUGGUCUGCUGGUGCAGGGUCGCCUUUCUAAUUAACGCAAUUUUGAGAAGAGUUUUUCGGAUUCCGUCUUCGGUUUUUAUAGAUGAUUACCACGCUUUCGUCAAAGCAAAACUUGGUCGGCCUGCGGCUGAUAGAGUCUGCAGGCUUCUUGAUAUUCUAGGGUGGGAAUACAAAUUUGAGAAAGUUGAAGUUAGUGAUUCUGCUGUGCUUCUACUUGGCCUUUUGUUUCAGCUUCGUGGCAAGCCGUCUGUUGUUGUUUCACCUGAGCGCGCUCAGGCGUACGCUAGUGAAGUAAGGAAGGUCAUUUUGAGUGAGAAGCUGUCUCCGGCUGAUGCAUCAAGAAUUUAUGGUAAACUCUCUUUCGCCUUUUGUGCGGUUUGUGAACGAAUGCUGCAUCCUUUGAUGAAGCCAAUUUUGUCCAGAAUGUUCUCCUCGACCGCUGACCAUUCUCUUCACAGAGUUUUGAAAGCUUCCCUUAGUGCGUGCGCCGAUCUUGUAGUGAGCCUGCCAGCCAGGUCUCUAGUUUUUCUUCCAACGCGUUACAUUAUUUACUCUGAUGCUAGCUGGCAAAGGAAGAAGGGCUUCAUUGCUGCGUGCCUAAUUGACUGCUGGCAAGUGAAUAAAGAGAAGAGGUCUCUGGGGCCUAUUGCCUAUUGGAAAUUCCCAGUCGAUCAGUCGAAGAUCUUUGAGGAUACUGCUUUAUAUCCUAUAAAUUUUCUAGAAGGGUGCGCAGCAGUUGUUGCGAUGUGGGUUUGGAGUGAUUUAUUGGCUGGCGCACGUGUCGACUGCUUUAUUGAUAAUUGUUGCGCAGAAGGUUUGCUCAUUAGGAUGAAUAGUGGCAAGAGUCAUCUUGCGUGUUUAGCCUUUCAAUUUUGGCAACAUUGUUCCUCUUUUCAAAUCUCUCCUCAAAUUUUCCGCGUUCCAUCAGCAGUGAAUUUAGCAGAUUUGCCCACGAAGAUCGGCUUCCUUUAUGAGAAUUUCAAGUUGAGUUUUGACGCGAAAGAGAUUAAGCUUAGUGAGUCUAUCAAAGAACGAAUUAAUCGCUUGCUUAAGUUAGAAGUCGAACAUAGAGAAAUUUUACUAGAUCGUUCUUUUGCUAGUAGCGAAGUUUAG